AAGUUCUUGUUCCUUGCUCAUUAAAGUAUUCGCCGCCCCGUCUUGCCCCAUUGAACAUGAAUGUAAAGUUUCUGGAAGCAUUCUAAUAAGUAGGCGACGGCAUUGCUUGUAUUUAUGAUAUAUAAGCACAUAACUGUUUGGUAUUUGGGAGUGCUUUGUGGACCUAGCAUUAGCCAUUCUACUAUCAAUUUUCUUAACAGUUAUAUGUACAAUGAUCAUGUGCCGUGUUUUUCAUGGUUCUUGAGAAUUUAAGAUUUUGACUAUUGAUCGAUUAAGGAUUUAAGAUUAUAUGUUGGCCAAAUUGAGAACUCAUGGUUUUUAAAAAAUCAAAACCAAAUCUCAAGCUCGCCGUAUGUGAAAAUUAGGCAUCGGAAAAUCUGACGUGACUCCCGCGUGAAAUACUUAGUUAUUUGCCAUAUGUCAUUUUUGAUGGCUGAAUUCGUUGAUGGCAAGUCCGCUACUUGACCGGGCCUUUUUGGAAACCUUAAGUCCUCCAUAGAUUUAAAUAAAACCGUAACUCAAUCGAUGAAAGCCAAAAUCUUAAAUCCUGUUUUUGCACUUAUCCCAGAAUCUCUCUCCAAUAAAAUAACACUGUGACAGGCCCCAUAUGACCUUAAUGACCGCAAACUGGGAUUGUCUGUCUGAAAAUCCUGAUUCUCAGUAAAGCCAUUGUUUUUGACUGGUCAAUUUGGAUAUAAAAGUACUAUUGUUCUCCUUAUUUGUCUGAGCUACAAAUAAGGAUAUCCACCAAAACACUCUUCAUAUAGGUCAACCUCAGGAUGCUAAAUGGUGUUUUGUCAGAAAAGAGGGAACACUGCUCCAAACCCAUCUCCUCCAUUAUGUUUUGAAAUGAAGAGAAUAACAUACUUAAACAGCCCUCGAAGGAUCUGAGUUUUAUCUCAAAAUUUUUUUGUCUCUCCUCUUUUGUGAAGUUAUGGAGAACUUGUUGCUUGGCCAGGUUAAAAAGCAGGCAUCAUCUUUUCUACAAGAGAAGUACAAAGCUGCUAGGCUGGCCUUAACUGAUGUUACUGAAGCAGAAAUCUUGGCGGAGGAUGUUACGAACAAUGAUCCAUUGAGCCCGGAUGCGAGAACGAUGACUCAAAUCGCAGAGGCGUCCUAUGAUAUAGACGACUACUGGAGAGUCGUCGAUGUUCUCCAUAGAAGGUUGCAGAGCAUUGAUUGGAAGCAAUGGAGGCAAUAUUACAAAACUCUGGUCCUCCUUGACUUCUUGCUAACGCAUGGUCCCGAGGAAUUCGCGGAAGAGUUUGAGGGUGAUGUUGCCAUCAUCGAGGAGCUCGGCACCUUUCAACAUGUUGAUGGAAAAGGAUUCAACUGGGGCGUCAACAUGCACAAGAAAGCUGAGCAAAUACUAAAACUUCUGGGAGACCGAGAAACGCUCAAGGAAGCUCGUCUGAAAGCUCUGAAAAUAACGAAAGAAAUACAAGGAUUUGGGAGUUCCACCUCGUCUCCAUCAUCGCUGUCUUCUUGUUCUAAUUCUGAUACGUUAAGGACAUCGUCCUUUGGCUCUAGCUCUACAAGUUCCACCUGGAAUGACGCCAACGAUCCAUACAGGCUCGACCAAUUUUCCCCGAGAAAGGAAUUUAGAGAGAGUUAUACUAGUGAUUUCUUGUCUAAAACCAAGAACCGAUCACACCGGUGGGAUCACCACGCAACCAAAGAAAUGGGGUCGUUGCUCGAUCCAGAAGACGAUUAUCAUGAGCAGAAAAACGGCCUGAUGAGCGGAAUUUGCUCAAAGCUGGCGGCUUUGAGUCCAAGGAAAGCAAAGGGUACUGAAAAGAUUGCAUUCAGGAGUUUGUCCAAUACCGGAAAGGAGAUGAGGAAGAACUUUGAACGACAAUUUUCGAUUGGAUAUUGAGCAUUAUGCAAUUAGCCGGUCUGCAGUGUUAGGAGUUACUCAUAGAUUGUUCAUCGCACAAUUUUUCA